AUGACGGUGAAAUCUUUCUCAGAAGAUAAUGAACAAUCGCUUGAUAUGUUUCCUACAAAGAAUAUAUCGAUACAUGUUCUCAAAUCAACAAGUCGAUGUCGUAUUAUUGCAUUGUCACUUUUUAUUCUUACUGUUAUUGGAGUCGUCGUUAUUUUUCACAAGGCAAACGAAACCGCUCGAGGAGAUGAAGGGCGUAUGGAAAGUAGAUUAUUCGAUAGGAAUUUUCAAGAACAAGACGAACUUAUUCGAAAACGACGCUCGUCGGAUUGUUCCUCUAAGCAUGUUAAACAUCAUCGAUCGCGUUCUAAAAACAAAAGAAAAACACACCCAAUACCGAAUUUUCAAGAACAAGACGAACUUAUUCGAAAACGACGAUCGUCGGAUUGUUUCUCUAAGCAUGUUAAACAUCAUCGAUCGCGUUCUAAAAACAAAAGAAAAACACACCCAAUACCGUCGAAAAAUUAUAACUCUAAUUCGAAUAAUUAUUCUAUCAUAGAUGGAGCGAAAGCAAAUCCGAAUCCAGUAGAGAUCCAUCAAACAUUAAUUAUCGAUAAGAUAUAUCCAUAUCCGCAGUCGAUCAAACCAAUGAUUGUGGCCAACUAUUCGUUUCCCGGUCCAAUGAUCGAAGCUUACGAAGGCGAUACGUUGAUCAUUCGAGUGAUCAAUCGACUUAGUGCUCCAACGACAUUACAUUGGCAUGGGCUUUUUCAAAAUCGAACUCCUGGCAUGGACGGAGCAGUUGGUGUUUCUCAAUGUGCUAUUCCACCAAACGCAGAAAUGAUUUACACGUUUAAAGCCGAACCAGCAGGAACAUCCUGGUAUCAUGGACAUUUACUUGAACAAUAUACUGAUGGAUUGUAUGGUCCAUUGAUUAUUCAUCAUCGAAACGAACCAAAUCAAAAUAAAUAUGACAGUGAACAGAUAUUAAUGGUUGCUGAUUGGUACAACAAUCAAGCACAUUCAGAAUUACUUCCUUGGUACUUAAAUCCAAAUAAUACAGAUGGAAAUGAGCCAUCACCCGACGCGAUCGUUGUUAAUGGAAGAUUUACUCAAUCUUUAUCCAUUCCACUUUCUCGAACGUCACGCGUCCGAUUUCGAAUCAUCAAUAGCGCUGCGUUGUCCAUGUAUACUGUUUCCAUCGACGGUCUGCCAUUACAUAUUAUCGAAUUGGAUCAAGUCGACAGUCUACCAUACACUGUCGAUUCAUUUAGUAUCAAUGUUGCACAACGGGUUUCAUUCUAUGUUGAUUUGAGUGAAUUAGAUUCAUCGUAUACAAGCUCAGGUGCCUCGUCUACAGGUUCGAUCUUUAUCCGAUUUCAAGCAAUGAUAUCGAUGUAUUCGGUUGAUAUUCUUAAUUAUAUUCCACCUUAUGAAGCUCAACAAUAUCCUUAUCCCACAUUCUUCAAACCAUUGUAUUUAGCAAUUUUAUCUUUCGAUGGGAAUAACUUUUUUCCAUUGUAUUCGGCCAGUGAUGACACACCAGUGUUGAAAAAUGCAGUUACUCCUAAAGAAACAAAUAUUCUAGAUGCUCGAGCAUGGAAUCCCAGUUUGAAUGAAAUUCCACAAGCAACUCAUUUUCUAAAUCUUGUCAUUUCAUUUAACACGGCUACUAACGGAAUAAUCUAUGCAUAUCUCAAUAAUGUAGCAUACAGUUCCGAUGCGAAUUAUAUGCACAUGAGAUCCAAUCCAGCACAAGGAAUCACUUCUGAUCUCUAUGCACCUCUGCUCCACCAAAUGGCAACAAAACCCAAUAGUUUAGGAAUUCCUUCACCUCUCCUACAAACUGGAAAUCAACUUCCAACUAUUCAAAGCGACGGAAAUGGUCAUUAUUUAGUCCCAUACCAAGCUAUUGUUGAUAUUUUUCUGAACAAUACCGAUACUGGUGAGCAUCCAUUUCAUUUACAUGGUCAUAAAUUCUGGAUUGUCGCCACAUCAGACUAUCCGCAAGCUGAGUCUUUAUAUUCUGGAAAUUAUAUUCAACGAGACACAGUCAGUAUUCCUGCAUUAGGCUGGGCGAAGAUUCGAUAUAUAGCUGAUAAAGCUGGUGCUUGGUUCUUUCAUUGUCACAUCGAAUGGCAUAUGAGUGCUGGAUUAGCAUUGGUAUUCAUUACUGGACCUCAAGAACUAUUAGCGCAAGGAUACACUAUUUCACAGGAUCAAAAGAAUUUGUGUCUAGCGCUUCAAAAACUUAAUCAAAAGGCAAAGUAA